AAUUCGUACAAAGAUUUUAUCUUCGCUAGUUAACAAGUUGUUUACGCCUACAAUGCAAUGCAAUCUCAAAUGUCAAAGUCAACAGUCCGUACAGUAUACGCGGUUUGUUGAUAAGUUAGUUGCUUCUAUUAUCUCUCUUGAAAUUUCAUAUGCUUUUUUCUUUCUACAUAAAAACAAAAACAAAAACAAAAAGAGUUGCUUAAUUUGGUUGUUGAAAUUUCAUGUGCUUUUUCGUUUUAUUCUUUUAUAAAUAAGUAAAGAUUUGAGCUUGAGUGUAAUUGUAAGCUGCAAGUAACAAACAAACAAAGAAACAAUUGGAAUUUGUUCACUUAGUACUUUUCUAAUUUUGAGUGGAAGGAACAUUGGAAUUUGAUGGCAUCGAAGAGGACAUCUUAUGAUGAUGAUAGUACUAAGAAUCUUCAUGUUCCUAGUACUAAACGAAUCAAACAUCAUGAUGAUGGCAAACCAGAACAUCAACAACACCCUUUAUUUCCUGGCUUGACCCUUAAUGGGUGGGUCAACCCAUCUCCAAGAAGACGUUUAACAUUGUGCUUCAUGAACAAUUUGCCUCAAAGAAAUUACACACAAUCUAGAAUCAAAGCUGAGGGAAAUAAACCACUUCGAGUUGAACUGCGCGAUGCUGAAAAUCACCACAUAGUGAGGGAUGAGGGUUCAUCAAUGAAGAUCAAAAUCUGUGUCUUACAUGGUGACUUUAGAAAACAAGAUUGGACUGCUGAGGAAUUUGAUAAGCAAAUUGUAAUUCCAAGAGAGGGAAAAGGAUCACUGCUGAAAGGAGAUACAGUCAUUUCACUAAAACAUGGAGUUGCUUUCAUCAACAACGUGGAGUUUACUGAUAUAUCUAAGGGAAGAACCAAACAAGUUCGGUUAGGGGCUAAAAUAGUCCGAUCUAAUUCAAUUGGAUCGGAUAUUAAGGAAGGUAGAAGCGAACCUUUUAGGGUCUGGCAUUAUCGAGUAAAGGCUUACAAGAAACACAAUCGUCCAUCAAUGAACGAUGAGGUAUCACGUCUGAGAGGAAUAGGUGGUAAACGUCGUGACAAGUUGGCCUUGCAUGGAAUAGUAAGUGUUAAGGAUUUUUUGCAGUUGUACAAAACCAAUAAAGCUUCAUUAAGAGAGAAAAUAGGCAACAUUGCAGAGAAGUCAUGGAAGACAAUUAUUGCACAUGUCAAAGAGUGUGAUGUAGAUGAUGAUGAGGAGGAGGAAAGAGUUAAGCAACAUGCUUACAAAAAUUUGAAUGAUCCGAAACAAAUGCCAAUUGAUACAACAACAAAUGGUUUGGUGGAGACAUCAACAGGUUUACAAACUGCACAAUAUGGUGGCCAAGAUCAAAUUCUGGAACAACUUGACUUUGCAAUUCCUCCGCAAGGCCAGUAUACUGAUCCUACAAGCUUUAACCAAUCAUUUGCAUACCAACCAGAAAUGUGGCCAUCCACCUCAAUCUCACAGAGUGACAUAGGCUCUGAAUUUUAUAACCAAAUGUUACCAAUGGGAGAAAUGCCACCAUAUAAUUUCUCUGAAGCAUAUAAUUUUGAUGGAGCCUCACAAAUUACUCAAUUUGGAAGCUACUCAUUGGAACAAGUAAAUGCAAAUCCUUUGCCCUUUGUUUAUGUUGAUGCAGCAGGACCUAGCAAUCAUUCCUCUUCCCACAACUUUGCUGUGCAUGUAUCAAGCAAUUUGAAACCGAAAAAAGAUUGGCAAAAGAUUCGAUCAGCUGUCAAAUGGUUCAUGCUGUAUGUGACUAAGAGGGACGAAUUUUGGUUCAUAUGUACUCCCUGACCCUAGGGAACAAGAACCUCGACUUAUAUUAGUGUCGGAUUAUUUUAUAGUUUAACUAACGUGUAGCUUAAGGCACAUGUUAAGAACACAAAAGUAGAAUAGUUAUAUUAAAAAAUAUAACAAUUUAACUUUUAAAAAGUUGAAUGAACAACUUUUAAAAAAAUAUUUUUAUAUUAAGUUGUUUAUCCUGUGCCAUGAGUCACAUGUUAACAUUUACCAUUAUUUUAUUUUUAUACCCAAUGAGCAGUUGUACUGUCCGGUGUUUUCCCUUAUGCAUUUUUCUGAUGUUGCUUAUAUGAAGAUUACUAGUGUUGAACCCAUGUUAUAUGCUGUGUAAAAAUUUGUUAUACAAUUGGAUGAAGUUGAUUAA